UGAUUGCAAAGGAUUAGCUGCAGCUGAGUCACCUAACAAGCUGCAGCUGUGACUGUCCAUGAAUGACGCCAACUGAGCUGGAACUUAAAUUGAAGCUGGAUUUGACAAACACUUCCGGGUGAUAGGACUACAAAAUGACGUAAGAGGAGAAUCAACCCUCCACCCAGUGGCCCCCUCCGCGCGAGCAUCUCUCAGAGAUAACGGUCGUGUGCUCGUGUGCCUUUAAGAGCCGUAUAUCCUGCUGCCCUCCGCACUAAAUCUUCAUCUCUGCUCUGCUUGGGGGAGAGGGAAAAAAGACACACAACAGAAAGAAAGCCGCCGCAAUGUCCUCUAGCUCUGCUUUCAACGACGAGAAGGGGGGCUCGUCCAGCGUCGGGGAGCCUGAAUAUGGUCACGACCCGGCAAGCGGAGGGAUUUUCUCCUCCGACUACAAAAGACACGACGACUUGAAGGAGAUGCUGGACAGCAACAAAGACUCCCUGAAGCUGGAGGCAAUGAAGCGGAUCGUAGCUAUGAUCGCCCGGGGUAAAAAUGCAUCAGAUCUCUUCCCCGCUGUGGUGAAAAAUGUGGCGUGUAAAAACAUUGAGGUGAAGAAGCUGGUUUAUGUCUACCUGGUGCGCUAUGCUGAGGAGCAGCAGGAUCUGGCUCUGCUCUCCAUUUCUACAUUUCAGCGAGGGUUAAAGGAUCCAAACCAGCUGAUCAGAGCCAGCGCUUUGCGAGUUCUUUCCAGCAUCAGAGUCACAAUCAUCGUCCCCAUAAUGAUGUUGGCCAUCAAAGAGGCGGCGUCUGACAUGUCUCCAUACGUCAGGAAGACAGCGGCUCAUGCCAUCCCUAAACUCUACAGUUUGGAUCCAGAACAGAAAGACCAGCUGAUUGAAGUCAUAGAGAAGCUCCUCGCUGACAAAACCACGUUGGUGGCGGGAAGCGUUGUCAUGGCUUUUGAGGAGGUUUGUCCAGAGCGCAUUGACCUGAUCCACAAGAACUACAGGAAGCUAUGUAACUUGCUGAUCGACGUGGAGGAGUGGGGUCAGGUUGUCAUUAUCAACAUGCUGACGCGUUACGCCAGGACUCAGUUCUUAAACCCGAACAUUAAUGAGUCUCUGCUGGAGGAGGGCAGUGGCGGUGCAGGAGAUAAGACCUUCUAUGGCUCAGAAGAAGAUGAGGACGAGGAUGAGGAGGAGAAAGAAAAGAAGGCAGAGGCCAAUGCCAUGGCCAAGAGAAAGCCGUACGUGAUGGAUCCAGACCACCGGCUGCUGCUUAGGAACACCAAGCCGCUUCUGCAGAGCCGCAACGCUGCUGUGGUGAUGGCUGUGGCUCAGCUGUAUUUUCAUCUUGCCCCGAAAGCAGAAGUUGGGGUGAUUGCAAAGGCCUUGGUCCGUCUUCUGAGGAGCCACAGUGAAGUCCAGUAUGUUGUUCUCCAGAAUGUGGCCACAAUGACGAUUAAGAGACGGGGGAUGUUUGAGCCAUACCUGAAGAGUUUCUACAUUCGCUCAACAGACCCGACACAGAUUAAAGUCCUCAAGCUGGAAGUCCUCACCAAUCUAGCCAAUGAGACAAACAUUUCAACAAUUCUCAGAGAAUUCCAGACGUACAUAAAGAGCAUGGAUAAAGACUUUGUGGCUGCAACAAUCCAAGCAAUUGGCCGCUGUGCAACCAAUAUUGGAGAGGUCAGGGACACAUGUCUGAAUGGUCUGGUGCAGCUGCUGUCCAACCGAGAUGAGUUGGUUGUAGCUGAGUCUGUGGUGGUCAUUAAGAAGCUGCUGCAGAUGCAGCCAGAGAAGCACAGCGACAUCAUAAAACACAUGGCAAAACUAACAGACAACAUCCAGGUGCCGAUGGCUCGGGCUAGUAUCCUUUGGCUAAUUGGAGAAUAUUGUGAACACGUACCAAAGAUUGCUCCUGAUGUCCUGAGGAAGAUGGCCAAAUCGUUCACUAAUGAAGAGGACAUAGUCAAGCUGCAGAUCAUCAACUUGGCAGCCAAGCUCUAUCUAACCAACUCAAAACAGACAAAACUGCUGACACAGUAUGUUCUCAACUUGGCCAAGUAUGACCAGAACUACGACAUCAGAGAUCGAGCUCGCUUCAUUCGCCAGCUCAUUGUUCCCACAGAGAAGAGCGGGGCGCUCAGCAAGUACGCUAAGAAACUCUUCCUUGCCCUCAAACCUGCACCAGUGCUUGAGUCUCCAUUUAAAGAUCGAGACCACUUCCAGCUGGGUUCAUUGUCCCACUUGCUGAAUGCCAAGGCUGGCGGCUACCAGGAGUUGCCCGACUGGCCUGAAGCCGCCCCAGACCCCUCCGUGCGCAACGUGGAGGUGAAGGAGUCUGUGCCUGAAUGGACCAAAUGCAGCAGCCGAGAGAAGAGGAAGGAGAAGAAGGUGGAGAAGCCGUUCUAUUCAGACUCGGAGGGAGAGUCUGGACCUACAGAGUCCGCUGACAGUGAGUCGGACUCUGCCAGCGGCUCAGAGAGCGGCAGCGGCAGUGAGGAGAGUGGGUCGGGAUCAGAGAGCGAAGAAAGCGAAGAGGGCUCUGAGUCUGAGGAAGAGGAGGAGGAUGAGGAUGAAAAGGACAAGAAAAAGAAAAAGAAGGAAUCGAAGAAGCCAGUGCAAGAAAGUGAAAGCGAGCAAAGCAGUGAAGAAGAGAGGAAGCAUCAGAGGAAGUUAAAACAGCGCAAGAGUGACACAGAGUCUGAAUCUGAUGAAGAGGAGGACAGCGAGUCUGAGAGCAGUCAGUCUGAGUCUGAAGAGUCUGAGUCUGAGACAGAAGUCAAAAAGAAGAAAAAGGCAGCCGAGUCCAAACCUCCUUCCAAGGCUGUCAAGAAAGAAAGCAAGAAGGAGAAGAAAGAGAUGUCUCUGCUCGACCUUGACGAUUUUGAACCCGCUCCGUCUCCACAAGUCACACCCGUCAACACCUUCCUCUCAAAUAGCCUUGUGACCGACCUGGAGGGAUUAUCGUUGUCUGACACUGUUCUCUCCCCGGCAACCAUCGCUCCCUCCAGUGCACUGAAAAACUAUGAGCUGCUGCACCGGAUCACAGGGGAGGGACUGUCAGUGGAGUACUGUUUCAGCCGACAGCCGUUCAGCCCCGAUGCAAACAUGGUGGCAGUGCAGAUGCAGUUCACAAACAAUGCCACCUCGGAGACCAAGAACCUGCACAUAGAGGACGUGAAGCUCCAGUCUGGGAUGAGGGUCAAAGAGUUUCCAGAGAUUGAGCUGCUGCCAGCAGGCGAGACGGCCACAGCUGUGAUGGGCAUCGAUUUCUGCGACUCAACGCAAGCGGCAAACUUCCAGCUGUGCACUCACACCAGGAAAUUCUUCGUGUCGAUUCAGCCGCCUGUCGGGGAGCUGAUGAGGCCCGUCUUCCUGACAGAGAACGAGUUCAAAAAGGAGCAAGGUCAGCUGAUGGGUAUGAAUGAGAUCACAGAGAAGCUAACCCUGGACACAAAGUGUCGGAACGAACACGCCAUCGUCCAGAGGGUGACCGCUGCCGCCAACCUCAGCAGAGUGCCCUGUGGUUCAGACAAAGAGUGCAGUCCUCCUGUUCCUCCUCCUGAUCAUCCUGUCCACAGGUUUGCAGGCAGGACGGUGACCAGCAGCAGCUUGGUGUUGGUCACCGUUGCGAGCCUAGAGGAAGGAGCCGCCCAGCUGACGGUGAACUGUGAGAAGAUGGUGAUCGGCACCAUGCUGGUGAAGGACAUCCUGCUGGCUCUGACGCAGUGACCUUUUCACCUUCCUGCCCCCUCGCCCAAACACGCCGCCCACAUUAGUCCGUCACAUCUGUAGCACCUCCUCUAAGCUCCUCUACCCAGUUAGGGAAAUUUCCAGAAUGUUUGAGUCCACUAAGUGUUCAAGAGCCUUUGACUUUUAGGAAUUACUGAUAUUCACAGAAAGCCACACCUGUAUGUGAUGUUCUUGACAAUCAGAGAUGACUGAUAUUGGACCUGACAUGAAAUCCCCCUCCUUUCUUUAAAUUUUCAAAGAUUUAGUUGUCCAAAAAACACUUUUACUUUCUUUAAUUUGACUUAAUUAAGUCCAGAUCUAUGGGUGGAUAAGAACAGAGAUUUGUGCAUUCAUAGUUUUUCCCCUCACAAGGUCUGCAUUUUUAUGCACUUGACUGCAUUUCAUGGCCUUUCACUGCCUAAUGAGUAACUGAAGAUGGGAAGGUUUAUCUACAGUAUGUGGCACAUCUUAAAGUAGUCCAGCUCCAAAAGGCAUGAAGACCCAGAGUAUGUUGUUAAUUUUUACACCCGAAUUGAAUAUGGAAAUAUGAAAAUUUAAAAAACAACUCACAGUAAAGAAGAAACACAGCAGUAAAAAGAAACAAAAUAUCUGCAAGCUGCUUGUACUUCAUACUGACAUCCAUCCUGGUUGAUGUGAUAAUAAACAGAUAGUACAAAGGAAUGGCGCUGACGUCACAUGCACAAGUCACAUGCCUUACAGUUUGCAUAGACAAAAUGCAUCACUGUUUACACCCAGCAGGAGGCAGCAUUGUUCUGCCAUUUCAGGGAUGGACUUUACUGGUGACCAGGAUGCUGUGGGCAGGGAGCAUCAACUGGCAGCCCCGGGGGCCAUUUCAACCCUAUCAAACUUCCCAGCCAACCCUCAAAAUACUAUUAAUUCAGAAAUUAUGUUUUUAAGGCAUCUUUUGUCUUUUUCUCCCUGAAGCUAUUACAUUAAACCCAAAAACAAUCAAUAGUGAAACCGUUUUUUUUUAGGAAUGACAUACGUUUAACCAAUUUUUGCAGAAAUCCCUGCCUAAACUAAAUGUGUUACAAGAUAAACACAUACUCAUCAUUCAAGACUUGAUAAAAUAUGCAUUUUUUGUGUCAACUUUUCUUCAGGCUCUUGGAGAGUGUAGUUUUUCCUGCCUGAGAUUUAAAGGUCACAUAUUUUACCCAUUUAAGGAAAGUUUAUAUUGGUCUCAGAGGUCUCCAAAACAUGCCUGUGAAGUUUGCUGCUGAAAAAACACUCCAGUAUUAGAUUU